GUACUCCACCACGAAUCCAAGAAACCUCCCCACCAUCCACGAGAGCACGACGCGCGCACCCACUUCACCUCCUCUCUCCCGCACAACGAUAUAACCACCGCCGCCGCGCGCGACCGAGCAGGCGCAGCUAGCUCUCGCCGGCGGCCAGGAGGAAAGACGAUCGAGAUGCAUCCGCUGGUGGAGGCGCUGGUGGGGGAGCGACACCAGUGGGCGCCGGCGGUGCGGCACGCGGCGGCGUGGGCGGGGGCGCUGGCGCUCGCGGUGUCCGUGGCGUCGUUCGCGCCGGAGGCCGCCUUCGUGUGGGCGCUGGCGGGGGGCGGCGCCAGGCCGGCGUGCGCGGCCGGGACGGUGCCUGUGCCGCUCGACGGUGGCGGGGACCACGUCUGCGUGCCUGCGCGGAUGGCGGGGCGGUCCGGGAUCGACCUGAUCGUGCCGCCGGCGUUCGCCGGGCUCGCCGUCGGCGCGUCCGCGUGCUUCGUCAGGGCGCUCGCCAUCGGCCGCCGCCACGACGAUUACUAGCGGCGUCCUUGGAGUUGGAGGCCUGGAGAACGAGGGAAUCGCUGCUCGGAUGCUGGGUUUUCAUUCAGUUGUUCUUGCUCUCAAACACGUACGCUUCUCCACAGAGAAGCGUAGUCUAAAACCGAUGCGUACAUUGUACAUUUGUACUGCUUCUUCUACUAUAAUGAAAGGGCAGAGCACCUGUUGUACAUGUUAAAAAAAAAACCGAUGCGUUUUCUUUGUGUUUUUUUGCGAGGUUUUUCUCCGUGAUUUGUACAUAACACAACACUAUGCCGGUUAAUUGAAACUCUACUGUAAUCACAAGAUAUAGCGUUGCAAACAGUGGAAAUAUGUAUGUAGAUUCCCA